GAUGAGAAAAAUCAAAUGAUGAUCACCAAUGUCUGGGUGAAACAUGAGUGGAAUGACUACAAGCUCUGCUGGAAUCCAAAGGAAUACGAGAAUGUCACCUCCAUGCACAUCCCAUCCCAUCUAAUCUGGAGACCAGAUAUAGUUCUUUACAACAAUGCAGAUGGUGAUUUCUCCGUGACCCACCUGACCAAGGCCCACCUGUUCCACGACGGGCGCAUCAAGUGGGUUCCCCCGGCCAUCUACAAGUCCUCCUGCAGCAUCGACGUCACCUUCUUCCCUUUCGACCAGCAGAACUGCACCAUGAAGUUUGGCUCGUGGACCUACGACCGGACCAAGAUCGACCUAAUCAGCAUGGCGGGCAAUGUGGACCAGAUGGACUACUGGGAAAGUGGCGAGUGGGUGCUGGUGGACGCCGUGGGCAACUACAACAUCAAGAAGUACGAGUGCUGCCACGAGGUCUACUCUGACAUCACCUAUUCCUUCAUCAUCCGGAGACUUCCGCUGUUCUACACCAUUAAUCUGAUCGUGCCCUGCCUGCUGAUCUCCUGCCUGACUGUCCUGGUGUUCUAUCUGCCCUCUGACUGUGGAGAGAAGAUCACCCUGUGUAUCUCUGUGUUGCUGUCUCUCACCGUCUUCCUCUUGCUUAUUACUGAGAUCAUCCCGUCCACCUCGCUGGUCAUCUCGCUCAUCGGGGAGUACCUCCUCUUCACCAUGAUCUUCGUCACCCUUUCCAUCAGCAUCACUAUAUUCGUGCUCAACGUACACCACCGCUCGCCGCGCACGGACACCAUGCCCCGCUGGGUGCGCCGCGUCUUCCUGGACGUCGUCCCAGGCUUCCUGUUCAUCCGGCGGCCUGCCGCGGUCAAGGACAACAGCAAGAGGCUGGCGGAGGCCAUGCAGAAGAGGGCCAUGCUAUGGGGUGAGCUGGAGGCUGAGCUGGAGGUCCAGGAGAUCCUGGCCCGCUCCCCUUCUCUCUUCUUGGGCCGACCCAUGGAAGUUUCCCUGCCCCCCAAGCUUCCCCAGCAACAGCAGCAGCCCCUGGACAAGUCCAGCCAGUACUCCAUCCUCCCGGUGGAGCCGACCACCUCGUCCCAGCCAGGCUGCUCUCCUCUGUUCCUCCACCCUCUCUUCCCACCCAGGGACAAGCACCACGCGGCCAGGCCCAAGAUGCGUUCCCUCAGCUUACAGUACGGCCUGGGUGAGAGGGAGCAGCCCCAGACCAGCAUCCGCUGUCGCUCGCGCAGCAUCCAGUACUGCUGCCUGCAUGAGGAGGUCUCCUCCAUGGGUAAUGGAAUGCAGCGGCCUCUCUCUCAGCACCCGUCCCUGAUGGAGGAGAGGAAGCAGAGCUGCUCAGCUGUCUGCAAGUAUCACUCAGGCCUGGCCAAGGAAGCCAAAGCAAUGACCAAGGACCAGCGGCUCCUCGUCUUAUCCCCGUCCAUGAAGAUGGCCAUGGAAGGUGUGCAGUACAUCGCAGACCACCUCCGUUCGGAGGAUAUCGACUUCUCUGUGAAGCAGGAGUGGAAGUACGUGGCUAUGGUCCUAGACCGGAUCUUUCUGUGGUUGUUCAUCUUGGUGUGUCUCCUGGGGACCCUCGGACUCUUUGUCCCUCCCUGGCUGGCUGGAAUGAUAGACCUAUCUGUCUGACUCCAAACACUUCUGAAGCCAAUGACCCUAUGCACAUUCAAGUUGUACAACUGAUGAACA